GCAUUAGAUGGAUUUUUUCAACUGUCAUUUGAAGUUAUUUGUUAUCAGAAGUGAUUCAAUAUACAUACCCAGAGUACGCGUACAGUAUGAUACGAUAAAUCAAGGUGACUUCAAUUCAAGCCAAUUUUGAAAUGAUAACAGACAAGCACUUUUCUGACUUGGACGAGAAAGGUUACACGGUUGUUGAGAACGUCGUGAGUCCCGAUGACUGUGAUCAGGCGAUCUCGGAGUACCGGAAGUGGCUGGAAUGUUUCGGGGUCGAUAGAUUUCCAGUGACUUAUAAUUCGUUGAUUUGGAACUACAAUGUUGCACAUCUUGAUACGACGUGGAAAUUGAGGCUGGCGACGAAGCCAGUGUUUGCCCAAAUUUGGAAGACAGAUAAACUUCUGACGUGCUUCGGAUCGAUCGCGAUCGGGCGUCCACCGGAAGAGAGUAAUGAGCGUUUUCAAGAGCCUGGUGAUUACUGGUUACACGUUGACGUCACUCCGGGGCGAGUGGGCGUUCACGCAUACCAGGGAGGGCUAUAUCUGGAGGAACAAGACGAAGGGGAUUGGAAUUUCAUGGUGCUGGAAGGCUCACACAAACACCUUAUGUCACUGUUUGAUGAGCACCCUGAGAGAGCCGAUUCCGCGCGUUCAGGCGACUUCGAAUACCGUCUAAGGCGUGAUGACAUCAUCUACUUUAAGGAGCGGGGCUGCCACGCGCGAAGGGUUCCGGUGACAAAAGGAGGCAUGGCUCUCUGGGACUCCCGGCUCGUCCACGCAGCUGCCAGACCUCUCGAGGGACGGAAGAACGCUGGUCGGUGGCGAUGGGCAACGUUUGUGUCCAUGACGCCUGCCAUAUGGGCGAACGAGCGGGACCUGUCCAUUAAACGUCAUGUGUAUGACCAAGUAUGCAGUACGACCCAUUGGUCGUCACAGGGAGUGCGGUCGCGAGGUUGCUCCAUCGUUCCCGGCAUUCAUUGCCCUACAGCCAUCCCAAAAAUCGCGCGCUCCGAUGAAGCAAAGCGCCUCGCCGGCGUGCUGCCGUACGACUUUAACGACGGAAUGCCGACGGCAGAGGACCAGCGGCCGGCAUGGCGAAGGUCUAGGCGGUCACUUCCGACCGGGAAGGACCUUGAAAGGAGAUACGCGAAUGGGCACUUAUAACAAAUAAUGCAACAUUCAAACAAAUAGUGUUCCAUUAAACACGAGGUAUAUAUCAAAACGGUGUGUUUUA